AUGCUCGCCGCGGCUGCCGCCGCUGAGGGCGAGGCCGUGGUGUACGAGCAUUUGGAGCGGUACCUCGAGCGGAACGGCGAGGAGGCCACCUUCGAAGGCUGGAUCGCCCAGCUGCACCCGGAGAACGUCAGGGUCGACGAUCGACUGCUCUUGCCCGCCUCGCGGCAUGCCACGCUGUGGAAGGAGCAGCGACGGCGCGCUGCUGCAGCACGAGGCAAGGAGAGCCGCGCCGAGUUCAUCGCGUGCACCGGCCUCAAGGGACGAGGCCGCCUCUGGCCGUGUGGGCCAAGGGCGCUCGCGGAGGAGCCGGGCACAGCCGUGGCGCCUGACACAGCCGAGGCGUCGUACGAUCCGGACGAGCCAGGGCCGAGCGAGGCGCCGCAGCCUCGCGCCGUCGCGCCACCGGAGCCACGCGAGGUCGUCGUCACCGUGCUGCCCGGCGAGGCGCGGCAGAGGCUGCUCGGGUUCGGCGGCAGCAUGACGGAGGCGAGCGCCGCAGUCAUCAUGGGCUCGCCGAGGCGGGAGCAGGUCCUGGACGACCUCUUCCUCCCUCCCGCGGCGGGUGGCGCAGGCGUGAGUGUCGUCCGCGUGCCGAUCGGGGCGUCCGACUUUGCCCUCGAGCCACCGGGCGCCUACUCGUACCGCGACAGCGAAGCAGCGCCCUUCGACGCGUCUCGCGACGAGGCGCUCCUCGUGCCGUGCCUGCAGGCGGCCAAGCGGCGCUGCCCGCACCUCACGCUGAUCGGCUCUCCCUGGUCCGCGCCGGGCUGGAUGAAGUCGUCCGGCUCGAGCGUCCGAUCGCUGGUGGGCGGCUCGCUCCGGCCGGCGAUGCUGCCGCAGUACUGCCGCUACCUGCUGCAGGCCGUCCUCUUUUGGCAGUCGCACGGCUUGCCUCUCCACGCGGCUCGCCUCGCCGCCCUCCUCUCGCGGCUGCUGCGCGCCAACGGGCUCGCCACGCGCGUCCUCGGCCACAGACCUGCAGCUGCCGCGCGCCACGACCACAACUACUCGCUCGCCAAGCGCGCAGAGGCGCUCCUCGCGGCAGCCUCGCCGGGCGACAUCGACGGCACGGCGCACGCGUACCAAGGCCGGCCUGCCGACGCUCUGCACGGGGCCGUCGCCUCGCUGCCGGUGUACGUGACGGAGCAGACGGCGCACACGCACCGCCCGCGCGAGGCAGAGGAGAAGGGGACGGCGGCGGGCAGCGUGGCGUGGGCGGUGAGGAACGUGCUGGUCGGGCCGGCGCUGCUCGGCGCGGUCUGCGGGCUGCAGUGGAACCUCGCGCUCGACGAGACGUGUGGGCCGGUGCUGCGUGGCGGGCCGACCAACUGCCGCGGGCUGGUCGAGGUCCCGUCCGGAGGAGGGCCGCACGAGAGGUCGCCAGAGUGGUACGGUGUCGCGCACGCGUCCGCCGCCGUCGCCGCGGCGACGGAGGCAGCAGGCUGCUGGCGGGUGGCGAGCAGCCGCGACUGCGAGGCCGAGAAGGUGACGGUGCUCGUCACUGCGACGGCGGGCGGCCGGUGGAGCGUCGUCGCGCACAACGGCGGCGGAGCGCCGGUCCGGCUGCGGAUCGCGUUUGACCAGGCGCCGGCCGAAGGCGCGGGGGAAGAGGAGGAGGGGGCGGAGGCGCCCGAGCUCACGUCGCCGGUCUGGAGCUGGGAGGAGUGGCAGGAAGCCGGCCACUGCGGCGGGCGGGGCGGGGAAGGAGGGCGGCACAGCCUCGCGUGUCUUUGA